AUGAAAACUAUCAAAAAAUCGAAUAUCGACAGUAAAAAAUUGGAAAUUAUUGAGGAUCUGGUAAAUCAUUGUUUUCAAAACGGAACGGAACGUAUUAUUUUAGCCGGUAAUUGGACUAACGAUGGUGAGAUGCUAUUGAAACGAUUAUUCUUCGUGAGAGAAUCUGCAACUAUCGUUGGAUCGGACGAGGAGUCUGUUUUCAAUCGCAACCGGAAGUUCAAGAGUAUGUACCACAUAAACGAAACCAUCGUGCAAGAAACCCCAUUCAUAGCAACGAACUACGUCAUUUUCAUCACAUCUAAUGCGACGCUGUCCUUGGCACUGAAUAAUAUUCGAAGCCUGGUUUCGUGGAAUUAUCAAGCGUUUUUUCUUAUCGUGAAUCAAAAUUCAACGGACGGUUGUGGAUCAGUACGGACUUACUUGAACACUGUUUGGUCUUUCAACGUAUUGUCGGCAGUUUUAUUAUGCUACGAAUCGAAUCACAAAUACAGUCUCUACACGUUCAAUCCAUUUGCUAGCGUUGCUCCGUCAUUUUGGAAAUCGGUCGAAUACCACGAUGACUUUCAGAAAGAUGACGGUUGGACAAUAUUCAAUCAUGCAUUAGAUGCCGGAAUUACGGAUCAUUCGCAGUGCAUGGAAAUUAAAUUUGACAAAACUAAAAACUUACACGGUUAUACCAUCAAGGCUGGGGUAACCGUUUAUGAAGAUAUUAAAAUUUUGCACGACGAACAAAAAAUAGAAUUGGAUCUUUAUCACGGAGAGAAAAAGAAGAUAACUGGAAUGUUAUGGAGUCAUCUUAACGCAACUUUGAACGUGUCUUUUUAUCCCUCUAUGUGUACCUACGACGAAAAUCACGAAUUCUGCGGUAUCAUGAAAGACGUGAUGACCAGUCGUGUGGAUUACAUAAUGAACGAAUUGUAUCAACGUGAUUUUUGGAAACAACAAAGCUAUCCCCAUUCGUCUUCCGGAGUCUGCGUCGUGGCAUCUACUAUUCCCGUGACAUCGACCGAAAAGUUUCUGUUAGUUUUCACUUAUAAAUUCUGGUUGACGAUCCUCACUGCCAGUAUCGGUUCAGCUGUAUUACUGAUGUAUCUUUUGAAACAAAAUAUCGUCUACGCAUCGCUCGAAUUCCUAAGAAUGAUUUUAUGCCCACCUAGUAUGCAACAACCUCAAGACCAGUCUGGUAGAAUAUUCUUCGCUGUUUUAAUUUUCUUAACCAUGGCAAUCAACGCCUAUUUUCAGAGUCGAUUGAGCGCCAUGUACACUGCUCCCGAUACGGAUCCAGCCAUCGAAACCAUAGAAGACUUGGAGAAGUCGAAUUUGGAGGUGCACGGAAGCAAUAACUUUCGAGAGUUUUUCUAUCGCUCGGUGAUUUACGAUCGCUUUCGAACAAACUCUCUAUCGAAUUGCACAAAAGAGUUGGAAGCUGGCGAAUACAAAUCGUGCAUUUACGCCUGUCCAUUGAAAUAUUUAAUUAACGAGACCCAUUCCACGCACAUAGCUAAGCACAGAAUGAAGGAAUUGUUCAGGGUAUUCAUCACGAGGGAAGACUGGCCCCUGUUACCGAGAUUCGAUCAAAUACUUCGAAGAAUGAGCGAAUCGGGAUUUUUUCAAUUAUAUUAUGAGCGGCGGGAUUUGUUUCUCCAAAAGCACGCGCCGAGACGUAAGAAAGCACAGUCUUAUAAAUUGUCACUGAAACAUAUAGCUAUAGCAUUCUAUGCUCUGACGGGAGGAUUGGUUUUGGCAUCAGCUGCUUUCAUAGCAGAAGUUUUUGUUAGUAUUGUUAACGCGAAGAUUAAUAUAGCGAGCUUUUGUAAAUAA